GGAAAAAGCAGCAGCAGAAGAAGAAGACAUAGGCGCCAAAUUUCAACUUUUUGGGCGGAGUUUGUUUUCAUUUGCCGCGGUGCAGACUCUCUGCAGUAAUCAUUAUAUUUGUGUAAGAAGUCGUGUGAACACUCCUGCGCGCAUUUUAAACCGAAGUGGCAGAAACGUUCGCGUUUCACCCGCUGCGUGUCAGAAUGUGGAAUAACGUCGAACUUCUUCUGAACGAGGACACGAACACAGUCCGUCUGUCCGGAGAUGCUGAACAAGAGUCUGGAAACGCGCUGUAUCAAGUGGACACCUUGGUGAAACUCUCAUCCUCCGAAAAGGUGCUGUCCAAUCCGAGGGUGUCUGCCUCCAGUACUCCCAGCUGCUGUGUGGUUGUGGCUGACACUGCUGUGGUUCUCUUUGAUCCUGGUUUUCAGACUGUUCUGAUUCACUUGUAUUUCGACACUGUAGUAGAUGCAGUUACCGCUUGCCCCCAAGGGCAGUUUCUUCUGGUCGGAGAGAGAAAUGGAAGUCUGCACAUCAUCUAUGUCCCUCUGAAAAAGACAGUGCUGACCAAAACUCUGCACAAACGAAACCCCUCUGAUGGCGACGAGGCGACCUUUAAGAGCCUGAUACUGCACGAGACGCCCGGGGCUAAAGGAGUGUAUGAUCUCUUUUUUAUUGUUAAUGAUGGUUUCCUCCACACAUCUAAUGUGGCCUUGGGAAAAAUCCAGAGAGCGAUUGAAAACAUGGAUCUGGCGGCCUUAAAUCAGAUCCAAGAUGACAUUCUUAUGAACUUCUGCUCAACUAAGGAGAUUCAUGAAGAUGGUUGCAACUCGGCAGGUCUGGUCUGUUUCGGAAGCACAGUCCACCUUCUGAUCGGGGCUGUCGGUGCCAAUGUUCUUUCACUUUGGACCAUGGGCUCCGGGCAGAAAUCUUUGUCUCUCGCAAAACUCCUCGACUCUGCUUUAGUGUCAGAGGUGAAGAAGAUUCAGGUUGUGGAUAAUUUGGUGUAUGUCCUAAACAAAGAGGGCAUGCUCAGCUUGUUGGACAUUCACUCAUUUGUCAUGCUGUGCUGCUGGCCGGAUCAAUACGUUGUUGAUUUCCUGCUGAUUUCAGACGGAAACUCCUCGUCUAUUACACAGCCAGAUGAAAACAACAUGAAAAUCUUGUCCUUGGUAGCUGAAGAAAACAAGGGUCAUGCUAGGAAGCUUGUGUUUCAGUCGCUGCCUUCUAUGGAGGUUUUCUACUCGCUGGAAGUGUCUUCUGAGUCUUGGUUGAUCCAGAAGGGGAUCAGUAUGGACACGAUCUAUCUGCUGGAGGGGAUUUUGGCAAACGCAAAGAGCAGCCCUGAAGAUCCAGUGUCUACUGUUGUCAUUAGAUGCUUCACCGAGGCGCUGCCAGAGAACAGACUCAACAGACUUCUGUAUAAGCACAAGUUUGAAGAAGCAGAGAAAUUUGCCAAAGCCUUUGGACUUGAUGUUGAACUGGUGUAUAAGGUUAAGCUGAAUGUUGUGCUGGAAAAGCUCAUCUCCGCGUCGGGCGCUGAUCAAACCCUUGAGUGGCCUGAGCUCAUUGAAGAGGCCAAAAGCAACCUGAUGAAGAUCAUGGACGAGCAGUUUGUGGUGCAGUACUGCCUGACUGCGUCCUGGCCUACUCUCAGCAUAGCCGAAGAGAUGUUAAAUUACACCUUGAACCGUUUCCCCUGCUGUCAGGUCCAAACGGCCCUGGCAAAGCUCGCCACCUUCAGCAACGUGUACGGACCCGACAACUUUGAGGGCAUAGCGUGGAUCGAGUUCUUGAACAGUACAGAUUAUCUCAAAGACAUCCUUGCUCUUCUGAAGGAGGGGAAUCUUACUGGAGCGCAAUACUUGUGGCUUCGACAUGAGGGUGAGUUUGCCAGUGAAUUCGAUGAGAGCUGCCUGCAUGCUUUGCUGGGCUCCAUUUCAUCUGACGUCCCGUCACAGGAGCUGAGUGUGUGGUUUAAGGGUGUUGUGGUCCCGUUUGUAUGGAGAGUGUUGCCCACAGGACAGAAAAUCCUGGCCAGGUGGUUGGAGCAACGCGCAAGGAAUCUGGAGUUAACGGAGAAGAGUGACUGGCCUCAUAAUGGACUGGUUCUGGCUGAACUUGGCUUGCCUUCCCUCUGGAGGUCCAUGGGUUUGGCUGAAAACUGUGGAUCAGAGGAAGUGCAAAACCUGAGGUCACUGGUGGCAAACCUCAGACAGCUUUGUGACCUCUACUCCAAAUACAGCUGCCAUCUGUCACUGUCCGACUAUGAAAGAGGAAGCACACGCAGUAUGGCCUUUCUGAUGCUGGAUAAGGUGCAGGCGCCGGAGCUGAUUCCUGCCGUCAUUAAGAGCAGCAUCCAACCCUACGCUCUGGAGAACGGAUUGGACCUGGACCAGACACUCUUACAGUACAUCAAGGACUUGCUGGACUGCUGCAGUUCUCAGAUCACGUCUCUCUUCACUGAAUGGGAGGCCAAAGCUGUGGCUGUACUACACUGCAUGACAGACGCAAACAAGGUGAUGGACGCUGUGAUUGAGAUCAUGUAUAAGGCCGUGGUGCCGUGGAGUGACACCAUCGAGAAGCUCGUUCAGCAGCACCUGGAAAAGGAACAUCCAAAACAGGAGUUGCUGAGAGAGGGUUACAGAUUGAUGGAAAUAAAGAAGCUCCUCCGAUGCUACGGCAUCCGCAGCUUAGCCCUUUCUAACACUCGUGACAUCAUGAUGCUUGUGAGGCACAUCCUGAAACAGGACCUGCCCAGCUCUCUCGAGGACUCGCUGAAGUUAAUUGAGGCCUACAAACUAAACCCAGCAGAGAUCCACCAUCUGCACUGCAUCCAUCUCAUACAGCAUAAUAAGAGGGAGAAGUGCGUUGGACUGCUGAAGAAUCUGCCCCAUUCUGAGGCCGAAUUUGUGAUCGAGCGAUUGGUCUGUUGGGCGAGACUUGAACUUCAAGACAAGCAACACAUUUCUGAAGAGCAGAAGAAAUUACAAAUGCUAAUAUCGCAGAUUAUGGUUGAAGCGUUGAAGUACCUGCAGAGUAUUCAGACGGAUGAUGCCUUCAAGAAAACUGAAAGUGAAAACAAUCUGAUGAUGUUCACAGCCAUUGCUCAUCUACAGGAAGACUUUGACAUCUUCUUGACCCCAGAGGAGUAUGAGGAUCCCGUAGUGAGACGCAAGUUCAACCAGCAGCUCAUCACCGCGUACGAGAACGCGCGAGCGUGGCGGCGCUCGGGAAAACAACACCCCGACGAGGUCUCCGGCGCUCAGCUGAACGGCGGCGCCGCGGUAGCCAAUGAUCCGGAUGGCAAAACGAAGACGCUCUCUACCGAAGCUGGGCUCCACCGGCUGGCCCGACAGCUGCAGAAGACGGAGCAGGAGCUCUGGGCGGAUCUGGCGCUGAGAGCUCUGGACGCCGGGGACGUGGAGAAAGCCUUACAGAUCCUCAGAGAGCUGUACCAGCACCACUCCAACUGCAGCACAGGACAGGUUCUGUUCAGCACGGCCCAGCGCCUCUGUCAGAUGCUGGAGGAAAAUGUCCCCAUGGUUCUGCCUGAAAAAAUGAACCUUCCUGCCGUCAUCCAUGGGCUGGCCUGUCAAGCCAUUACAGUCUGCCACAGUGACCUUCUGCUGGACUGUUUGGAGCUGUGUAAAAGCACCAGAAGUGCUGCAGAUGUGUACAGACAAUGUCAGAUUGAAGAUUUUGGAUUUUUUGCUAAGGAAUCUGCACUGAGUGGUGAAGAGGACGCGUACACAGAGUCUCAUUUUCAAGAUGUCUUCAAUGAGGACUGCAUUGUGCUGGAUCCGGUCUCAGUGCUUCCACUCCAGUAUAAAAUCACCAGAAAUCUGUUGCCGCUGUCAGAAUCGAGGCUUUAUCCUUUUGACUGUUCCUGUCUGUCAUACUGUGCUCUCAGAGCAGAUGCCGAUUUGGUCGGGCCUUUGCUCAAUCCCUUGGCCUCGAUGCUGCAGAUGCUGCAGGAGUGUAGUCAGCUGGAACUGGCUCUGCGGCUUCUGAAGGAAUCUUACGGCAGCAUAUUAACACACUUUGUUUCCAACAACAUGGAUCUCUCUCUGAGCGUGCGGCUUCAUUCUAACAACCGCAUGGUCCGAGACAAACAGACUCUCGACAGGAUCGAGAAAACCGUUCUCUCGUCUGUCGGCGUGGUCGUGGUCUCCUUGUUACAGAAGGUGCUCAACUGGAGAGUGGUCGACUCUGAUCUGGCCAUCGGGCUUUGUACCAUUUUGCCCAAGGCAGCGGUUGUGGAUAUCCUGUGGAAGAUGAUCACCAGUGCCUGGCAAAAUUAUGAGAAGAUUAAGGUUGUUGCCAUGGUAGGAGCCCAUCUCAGUUUUUUGUAUAAGGAUGAAGAGGAGAGGGCGAAGUUUCUGUCUGUCAUCACUGAUGCGGAGUGGGGCAUUCAGCUUGGAAAACUCGGGGUUUCCAUCCAGUCAGUGUUCAGGCAGUGUCCAGAGACAAAGAGAAACUUGAUUCCUACACUCGUGAAGAACAAGAACAUCACUCCUGACAUCAUACUGCAUUACUGCAGCACAUUUGGAUUGGACAGCGGUUCUGCAAUCAACCUGUACAUCACCACUCUACUGCUGCAGGAGGAUCGCUGGUACGAAACGGAGAUCGGAGAAGGUGAUGCCGACGCUCCCAUGCGCUGUGAAGAGUCACUGCUAGGAGAAGAUGACAUGCUGGAAAGUGCCCUUCAGAUCGUUCCUCAGCUCGGCUCCACCAAAGACCUUGUGAUCAGUCUCAACACGGCCCUGACCAAGCUGAACCCGUACAACUACGAGCGGAUCGAGCGAGUGCUCAGAACUAUUCAGAUGGCCGAUGAGACCACAACCCUUCUGCCCCUCGGUCAGAUGGUGGGAUUGCUCCAGCACUUGAAGUCACACAGAAGGAUCUCUCCCCCCACUGAUCUGGAGAGCUCGUAUGUUUUGGAGAACGGUCUUGAGCCCAGCGCUCUGGCCAACACCCGUCUGCCCUUUCACCUGCUCUUCCAGACCAACCACACCUUCUGGAAGAUUGUCUCUCCAGAACUGAGUGAGGACACUUUACCCACGCUGCUCCUCAUCUGUAAAUUAAUGAAGGUUAAUCCUGAUAAGCUGUAUGUUUUGGCUGUGAACCAUGUGUUCAAGAAGACUCUCUUGCCUUUGCUGACGGAUCAGUCAAAGAAAAUCCAGAACGUUCCUGCCAGUAAAGAGUUGUCCAGCGUGGCUCAGAGCAUCUUUAAACACGCGCUGUGCAUUCAGAAUCUGGAACUUGCUGCAGCCACGGUCCAUAAAAUUGCCCAGGACCUUCCUGCAGGUGCACAAAAGACAGAUUUCUUGAAGUUCAGUUUGGAGCUCGUACACAAGUUACUGCAGUCUGAUACUCUGGAGGAGAGUUUACAGGCUCGCGGUGAAGCGCUCAUCUCCAAACUGCAGUUGCAGUAUCAGCGCUCGGCCACGGAGAACGCGCUGCUUUCGUCUCAGCUCAGCUCGCCGGAGCUCCUCAAGCUCACGGGACUGCCGGGUCGCCUCAUCGUGGCUCUCUUUGAGCACGGCUCGGUGCUGGACCGCAUGAAAAACCCUGCCGGCCUGACUUACCCUGACAUUCACAGCGUGGCCAAAGAUAUUGCCUCCAUCAAUGGUGUGGAUCUUUUGAAAAUCCGGAACAUUCUUCUGGAGAAGUGGUUGUGCCAAUCAGGGCAGUCGAACGGCAAGGACAAUCAUCAGGACUAUGUGACUGAUAUAAACGAUGAUCCUGAUCUCAUGAGAGUUGUUUACUUGCUGCAGAUGCACCCUAUGGAUAUCAGCGCUCGCUUGCUCAGUCCCAUCCUCACAGCACAGACAUGGCCGCUGGGAGGAUCAGGCCUUCGUUUGACCUUUGAGCACCGCAGUCGAGCUCUGCUGUGUCUCACUCAUUUAGCAGACGCUGCCACACUGGAGACUCUUUCCAACCAGCCUAGCAGCAAGAUCAGAUAUUAUUUGAAGUGCUACAUGUACCUCGCCCAGAUGGAGGCCCUGAACAUCCCCUAUACCUUGGAAAUGUUCAUCAGCAGCCCUAAGGAAGGCAUGAUCAAAGGCUUAUGGAAGAACCACAACAAUGAACCUCAGGCUGUCCGGCUUGUGGCAGAGCUUUGUUUGGAGUAUGAGGUUUAUGAUUUGCAGCUGUGGAACAGCGUCUUGCAAAAACUCAUGUCGUUCAAUAUGACGAGCUACUUGCAGAAGGUUCUCGAAGCCCUCAUAGCAGUGCCCAGCCUUUUAGAGGGGCCAAGUCUUUCCAGGAUAUGGCGGAGUGUGAUUCAAGCCCCUUUCUUGACAGCUUCUGUUCCUCUCAGCCCUCAACAGCACAAUGUCAUGUACAAGACAUUUGUGCUGCUUCUGAAAUGUCCAUUUUUAUUCACUCUGGAUCUGGUCGCCAUCGCCAAGCGGUUCUCUCAGUUCGGUCUGCAGGCCUUCUCUCUGGGCUCGCUCUUGCUCGUACCUUGUGCCAAAAAGAAGGAACCACAGAUACAAAGCUUCCUGUUAUCGUGUAACCCGACCCUCAUUCUGGAUCAGGUGGAAGAGAGCAUGAGCACCGGAGAGCUGGCCGGCAUUCCUUCACAGAUUAGAGACACGGUGUUCACCUUCCUUUGUCGAAACGGCAAGUCCCGGAUGUUGAUGAAGACCAAACACUUCACUUAUUUGAAGAGGCACUUGAUCUCGAAGGGUCACUCUGAAAUGGUGCAGGAGCUGCUGAACUGCUUCGUGGAGCAAAACGGUGAGGAGGAGGCCAUUUCUUUUGCCCAUGAAUAUCUGAAAUACAGAGAACUGAAGGGACAGACAGCACCUCUGAGCAACACUUUCUCUGAUCCUGUCAGGGAUUUUUUGGAAAAGGCCCUGGAACCCAGGGGUGCACAAACAUCAGCGUAAGAUGUUGUUGUUAUCUGUGGGUAGUAAUACAGCAUUUUCACUCAGUGGAUGAUUGCACUAAUAAAAUAUUAUCUGCUUGCAAAUUUCUUUUUUUUAAAUUGAAUAUUGUUGCAGUAUUUCAGUACUCAUGUUGUGUGAAUUUAAAAAAAUGUGGAUGUAGACACAAAAAAACAAAU